AUGUCACAAUACAACGAUCAGUGUCUUUCAACUAAUCCAAAGACUGCAAAUGACUAUCAUGGUGCAUUUCCUUACUGCUCCGUCCAUGCUCAGUUAAGACCUUACGUUGCAGAUUGCUCUGCCGCGUGCCGAAGGAAUGCUCCAUUUUCCGAAAAAGACUCCCUUCAAGAUGUUGUUUGGCAAAUUAGGAAUAUUUCUAACAAGCUGAAGGGAACACCCAUCCAACCAAAAAUCUGCUCUCUUUUAAUUGUAUCUAAACCCGGUGAGGAUGCGGUGGAACAGAAGCUGAUUGAAAUUGUAAAAUGGCUCCUGUCACACAAGUCGUUUGUGGUAUAUGUGCAACAUACACUGAAAUCUCUAUUCGAAGAGCAUGAACGCUUGCAAUAUUGGACUCCGCUGUUAUGUGCUAAACAGUCGCAGUUAUUUGAUCUCGUGCUGACUUUGGGCGGUGACGGUACAGUAUUGUAUACUAGUCGACUAUUUCAGCGGACGGUCCCACCGAUCAUGCCGUUUGCCAUGGGCACUCUUGGAUUUUUGACGCACUUUGAUGUUAGCAAAUUUCGCGAAUCAAUUCAAAGCAUAUCAAAGGAAAUGUACAUUCAUUUACGUACUCGCUUUGAAUGCCGGUAUAUGCGGAAAAAGGAUAGUCAUAAGCGGAUUGAACUUGGCGAUCAUGUGUUCAGCAACUCGCUGGUGGAAAACGAAGAGACACAUGAGUUUGUGGAAUCACUUGUCGUAUUAAACGAAGUCGUAAUUGAUCGUGGUCCAAACUCUGCUAUGACGAAAAUUAUACUUUACGUUGAUUCGAAGUAUCUUACAACGGUAGAGGCAGACGGUUUGUGCCUAUCCACACCUACGGGCUCAACCGCGUAUUCGUUGGCCACAGGUGGUUCGUUAUGCCAUCCAGAAAUUCCCGUUGUCAUAAUUAGUCCUAUUUGUGCACACUCGCUUUCUCUACGGCCCAUCCACGUUCCGGAUUCUAUGUAUCUUCAUGUUGUCAUUCCCGAAGAUGCUCCUCAUAGCGGAUGGAUAUCGUUUGAUGGAAGAAAUCGAACUGAGCUUCGUCCAGGCGAUUUUCUCAUGGUCCGAGUAUCUCGGUAUCCUUUCCCUAGUGUCUACUCUCGUGAGGAGCAGGCGGACUGGUUUGACAGUAUCAAGCGCACGUUAAUGUGGAAUCAAAACUAG